GCCGUCCUUUCUGCUCUCAAACGCUGAUGUGUUACUAGAGUCAACUCUCAAUCUGCCAAAAUGUUCAAUUUCGGAUCAAAAUUGUUGCUGGUUUUUCUUCUGGCCUUCCCCUGUGGAUUGACACUCAUUGGUUCCAGUGCAGAUUCUGACUUUGCCGAAGACAUCGUUGAUGACUCAGAUGCUCCAGUAGAUGAGGAGGAGGAUGAUGAUGAGGAUGAAGAAGAGGUGCUUGUAGAAGAAGAUCAGAUGCAGAAUGCGGGGGGAGACGAAGAUGACUCAGAUGAAGCUGCUGAUAAACUGGUGACUUCUCACCCUGAUGCCGACACGACCAUCAUCUUCACGACAGGAGAAGAGUUUCCUGCCAACGAAAUUGUGAGGUUCCUGGUGGGUUUCAGCAACAAAGGAAGUCAGACUUUCAAUGUUCAGUCACUGGAAGCCUCUUUCCGUUACCCUCAAGACUUUCAGUUCUUCAUCCAGAAUUUCACAGCUUUGCCCCUGAACACUGCGGUGCAGCCACAGGCCCAAGCCUCCUUCGAGUACUCCUUCAUCCCAGCGCAACCCAUGGCCGGCCGGCCGUUCGGUCUUGUCAUCCUCCUCAACUAUCUUGACAGCGAGGGCAGCGCAUUCCAGACCGCCGUUUACAACCAGACCGUCACCAUCAUCGAGCUAGAAGAAGGACUGGAUGGAGAAACCAUGUUCAUGUACGUGUUCCUGGCUGGACUGGUGUCCCUGAUGGUCUUUGGGAUGUACCAGGUUCUGGAGUCCAGGACGAGAAAGAGGCUUCCUGUGAAAAUAGAGAAGGGCACCACUGGAGUAAAUGAUGUGGACAUCGACUGGAUUCCUCUGGAAACUCUCAAUGCCAUGAACAAGGCUUCUCCCAAAACGUCUCCACGGAAACGAACCAAAAGGGCAGCGGGCACUGACCAGUAAACUGCCAUCUGCCUCCAUCCCUCGUUAUAUUGUCCACCAGACUUUUAAAUCUCCACACUGUAGCAUCCCAGUUCCUGUUUCAAAUGAUGACUAGUUUUGUAAUUCAGUUUUCGGUCCAAGCAGAGAUUUUCGAAGUCUGUAUUGAUCUCUACCUCUCGGCCUGAUGAGCAUCCUGGACUCCGCUGCUCUCCCUGGAGCAUAACUAACUAAACACUAACAGGACAUAACUCUUAACUCACUUUUGAGAGGAUUAGUCAGUGUGUAUGAACGAUGAUGUAAAAUACACCAGUAAGGAAUUAAAGUGUGAGGAAAUGUGGUACAAAACUGCCUUAUGCCAACAUCAUCAGGGUGAAAUGGACUGUAUGACUUACAACCAUAAAGUAUUACAGUUGUAAAAAAAUA